AUGUUCAUCCGAGUGGCUCUUCUGCUGCUCCUCGCCUGUGCCGUCUUCAUCGAGUCUUCGAAGAUUCAGGAUAUUCUGAAGAAAGUUGGAAAGCGAUUGCCGAAAAAGGAUAACUCUGAAUUGUAUAAUAAUCUGUCAGAAGAAGAGCAGCACAAGAGGAAGUUGGAGACUGCGGAAGGACUGGUGCACUUGUUCACACGAGUCUCCUCCAGUUAUCAUGGAGACUUCAACAAAGCUUUCAUUAUUAUUGAAUCACUUCUAGAGCCUGAUAUGACUGCGGAAAUCUGUGGAGAUGGCAAAAUACUGAAUGCAUAUCAAUUCUUGAAACACUUGCGUCAAAGCUCAACUUUAUAUUAUGGAAGAUUUAUUCAAUCCGAUUAUUUCGAUAUUUUCAAAACGGAUCGGGACACCCUUCAUAUGAUUACAAACUUCACUCAGACGGAUAAAAAUGGGCUGAAAGUAGUUUUUGAAUAUGAUAUCAAGAUGAAAACAACGUACACAACGAAUUAUAUGUUUUCAAUCACUCAUAUCAUUCAAGGUGGCUCUUGUGCCGAUAGAGGACUCGCCAGCUUCACGAAUACAGAACUUGAAGGUGUGGCUUGGUUGAUAGAUGAUAUUGAGGGACUGAAAGAGAAGCCAACAGUCAAAUUGUUCUUUAAACUGUUCACUCCAGCAGUCUAUCAGUAUAUUGAAGAAAAUCCGAAUAAGCUUCCUAGAUAUUGGCUGUCCGGGCUCAAUUCUAGUCUUACUUCGAUCACUGUCUGUCAUGAGAAGAUGAAGGAUACAUUUGCAUACACAGAGGAUCAAUUCCGUUCCUGGUAUGUCCACUUUGGGUUGAUGUGGCAUCCGAAAGAGGGAGCUGACGACACUUACACUCUGCAAGUACUGGAAUUGAAACCAGACUCAAUCAUUGCAAGAGUCACCAUGAAACUUCAAAUGGGAAGAAAAGAAGAUGCACCUGUUCAUGAUUGGAAUUUCAAGUUCUCCGGAAAAAAGAAGGACGGAGUUUGGUAUUUCGAGAAAAUCGACGUGAUGUGUGAUCCAACGAUAGAAUACAAAGAUGAAUCUCUGAAACUGAUUCGGGAAGUUGUGGCUGGAAAGUUUGUGGAUGAACUCAAGUACAAAAACGAUACUCAAUGGUACUCUACUGUCGAUUUCAUCAAACAAUUCACAAAACACGGACACUUGGUCAUGGAAGACUGCGUGAAUGAUAUUGUAGGAUUAAUCACUCAAAUCGAUUUGUUCAAGAAGGAUCGAGAUGAUGUUCACGGCAUCAAGUUCACUAAGUACCAAAUCGACGAGGAAACUGCCAUUGAUCUUCCAGCUGCCGAUACCGCCACAUUCCGUUUCAAAACUGUUUCACAAGCAGCUGAUUCGACUGAAGAAGAGAAAGUAGAAAUUGAACGUGAAUGGUCGUUUGAUAUCAAAUGGGAUCAAAUGGAUCAAUUCUAUUACAUUGAGAGAAUGGGAAUCGGAUGUGGAAAGCCAUGGACUGUGAAAGGAGUCUUCAAGAGUAUUGUUGACGCAAUCGGAAAAAAGAAAUAA